AUGUCAGUCUUCGCCCGGGUCCGACGAAAGCUCUCCCGUACCAAGUCUGUCCCCGAUCCAGCCGGAAUAGGGCAAGAACAUGAUCAAUAUCCAAUCCAAAGAUGGGCCAGUAAAGCCUGCUCCUUAACUCCUUCCGAUGAAGAGCUUGUGGCGAAGCUCGCAUUUACCCCAGACACUGUUAUCAUUGAACGUUCUCCACGACCGCAGGCACCAUCGAUUGAUACUCGGAGGUCCGAAAGGACCGUUUUCAAUAAUGUCGAAUCUGGCUUUCUCUCGUUGCCGACCGAGCUGCUCAUGUUUCUUCAACCGUACUUGACGCCUAGCAGUGAGGUUGCACUGCGACACAGCUGCUCACGAUUUUUCCAUCUUUAUAGCACACCCUCCUUUGUCCUGACAGGCAAUGAAUUGUUUGACUUUCUCUGCAUGACGGAGCGCGACCAGGAUCCGACUGAAUUGGAUCGUCUAGUCUGCGGCAAGUGUCAAGAAUUGCACGUUCGGUCAACAUUCCCUUCCUCGGAGAUCAAGCAGGAACCCACAGCUCGGGAUUGCAGACAGAUCUGGCUGUGUGCUCAUCGGACACUGGGUUAUGAUAGGACGAUCCGGGCCAUCAAGGCAGGUGUCGAGUCACCAUUUCGGGUCGAGACCCUGGAACCAUGUCCCCGUUGUAGAGACUCCAUCCGCAACCGGUCAGUUGCGGAUCGUCCUGAAAAGGGGACUUCAGCAAUUGAGUUGGAGAACCCGCUGGCACAGUCUUUGCUCAUCUCCAAGAUCGCUCUGCUGCAGGCGCCGGCACCACUGUACAACACGCGGACGAGUGGUGGAAGUGGCAUGUAUAAGGAAGUCUUUCAGGUCAAGGAUGUGUCGGCAGCUCUCCAAGCCAUUGACUUUCGACUCUGUCCACAUCUGAAACUGGGCGACCCCUACAUCCUCAGCAAGUUCUGCAGAGCCUGUACAAACACCCAACGGCUCCCGCCAGGGGUAAGGGGCCCGCCUUGUAUCAAUGAAAACAAGCGCGAGUUUGGUGGGAGUAGACGCGGAGCGAAGUGUAAAGGCAGCUGUUAUACUCGAGGGUGCAAGACACAGUUUAUGUUCCAGGCCCGGGAAAGUCUGUCUCCAGAUGCUUCCGGGCGACGGCAAGUUUGGCUGAUCAUUGUCACUUACCGCUGGCUUGGUUCUCUUCUGACCGCCGGCCGUGAUCAGACUUGGAGUGAUCAUGCCGUCGACCACAAGGAACGGAAAGAAAUGCGUCUCAAAUGGAGUGACUGGGAGAAAACAAGUCGCGCAGGUCGACCUUGUAUGCCCAAUUGGGACAUCUGCCUCCUGCACCCUGAGGACUCGAACUUACGAUGA